CGCUGACUGCUGGCUUGCCUCCACACAUACAUAAACGCACACACUGACUCUCUCUCACACACACUGAGUCACACACACUGCAGUAGAGCUCUCUCUCUCUUACUCUCUCUUUCCCCCGCUCUCUCUCUUGGCCAGUCCUUGUCCCACCUUCUUGCGAGCUGAAAACACUCCAUGGUAUGGGACCGGCUGCUGCUUCAUUUGAAGCUCCAUCUCUCUGCUCACUCUUUACCAAUCAUUCUUUCGCUUUCUUUCUUUCUGUCUCACUCACUGCUCAUCCUGCUGCUCUCUCUACCUCACCGCUCAGAUCAGGGUUGUGUAUUGUUGGGGUUGAGGGGGUUUGUGUUGUCAGCUAAAGAAGGGAACAUGCAGCAUCCUGGAGGAACAUGCGUGGCAUUACCAAACGUGGACGCCUGCCCUCAGCUGUCCUGUGCUGCCCUCACUUUCAUGUAUUUACAGCAGGGUAACCAGGAAACACCGGCACCCCCGGACCCAUCCAUGGCCCAGGCCUACUCAUCAGCUCAGUUUGCCCAUCCUCCCCAGAAUGGCAUUCCAACUGAGUUCACAGCUUCACACCACCAUCCACAUCCACACCAGCACCCAGCAGCACCACAGGACUACACUGGGGUCCAGGCCUCUGUCAGUGAGCAUCCACUCAACAUGUACCAGACCUCGCAGAACCACAAUGAGCAGAGUGUGUCAGAUUCUGGAAGUCAGACAGUCACUGGCACAGCCACGCAGACAGAUGAUGCCCAGACAGACAGUCAGCCACCAACACAGACUGUAAGUGAAAGCACAGACAGCAAGGCCCAGCCUAAGAGACUGCACGUCUCCAACAUCCCCUUCAGGUUCAGAGACCCAGAUCUCAGGCAAAUGUUUGGUCAAUUUGGCAAAAUCUUAGAUGUGGAAAUCAUCUUCAACGAACGUGGCUCUAAGGGUUUUGGGUUCGUUACGUUUGAGCAUAGCGUGGAUGCCGACAGGGCCAGAGAGAAAUUACACGGCACCGUGGUAGAAGGUCGUAAAAUAGAGGUCAACAAUGCAACAGCCCGAAUAAUGACAAAUAAGAAGACUGUAAACCCAUAUGCAAAUGGCUGGAAGUUUAAUCCAGUGGUCAGCGCUGUCUACAGCCCAGAAUUCUAUGCAGUACCAAGUUUUCCCUACCCAGCAGCCACUGCAGCAGCAGCUUACAGAGGAGCCCACCUACGGGGUCGAGGACGCACAGUAUACAAUGCAUUCAGGGCGGCUGCUCCACCUCCCCACAUUCCAACUUACGGAGGUGUUGUUUACCAGGAUGGAUUUUAUGGUGCAGAUAUUUAUGGUGGUUACGCUGCCUACAGAUAUGCCCAGCCUACUGCUGCCACAGCUGCCGCAUACAGUGACAGUUACGGACGAAUAUAUGCUGCCGACCCCUACAACCACACGCUCGCUCCAGCAGGCACAUACAGCGUCGGUGCCAUGAACGCAUUCACCCCGCUGACAGAUGCCAAAACUCGGAGCCACGCCGAUGACGUGGGGCUGGUGCUGUCCUCCCUUCAGGCCAGUAUAUACCGGGGAGGCUACAGCCGCUUCGCACCCUAUUAGCAGCACCUCCAACCUAUACGCAAACUUCCAACAGGACAAAAAUAAAGAGUGUGUGUGUGUGUGUGUGUGUGUGUGUGUUUAUGAGAAAGACUGUGUGAGCGAAUGAAAACCACAAGAGAACGAAUUAUCAGGAGAGAGACAUUACCAGGGCCUGGGUAUUACAAUACAUGCAGUGUGUGCAUCAUUUCAGCAUCUCCUAAGAGAGAAGUACAAAAAUAAAUAAAUGAAAUAAGGUAAAAUAAUAAAAUGACAGCUGAUAUUUUUCAUCUUAUACCUCAAAUAUUUUGUGCUGUGUAUUUUGAUAUUGUGGGUUUUUAAUUUCUAAAGAUUUAAACAUAGAUUAUCCACUGUAGAAUUUUUCCAUGGUACUAACAGAGAGCUGCUAGAAUAAAGUAAGGACACAGAGGAAAUAUUUAUCAGACUCACAUUCUUAGGCUUUGUAUAGAAGUCCAACCUUGUAAGAUAAGUCACAGUCACACUUUGGGGUUUUUAUGUUUUGUAAGAGUGGUAAAGUGACUAUGCCAGUCAAGUGCUGUUGUUUUACUUCUCUCAGCUUCUUUUAGCAUUUCCUCAGUCAGUUUAGCAAUGAUAGAUUUUCUUUUCCUUUGGUUUGAGAGGACAUAAAGAAUCCUUGACACAAACAUCUGUGAAAUUAUGAGGACAAGAUAUAAGAAGCUCGGAGCAGCAAUGAGACUAGAAACUUUUUCUUUUAUCUUACAGUACGUUCAGAGCAAACUGUUUACCUGCAACUUAACUAUCACAUGCUCAUAAUUAUAAUCAUUUCCCAAUACAAAAUCCUAUGUAGUCUGCAUAGUAAUGAAAAAUUGUAUGUAUUGUAGUCAAUUUUCACUCCACCAAGGUUUUGUUGUCUUUAAUAACAUUAUACAAUUACUUUUUUUUUUUACAAAAAAAGAUACUGACUGUCUCUCUCAUGAUUUCUAAUUUUUAUGUUUGCUUCAAACAUAAUGAUUGUUCACCAAACAUUUAACAUCAACAUCAACUGGUUUUUGGGGCCAAAUCAGGUUGGCACUCUGUGCAUGCUGUUUAGCCUGUGAAGAGAGGGCCGAAAAUAUGGCCUUACUAAAUGAACUUCAUUCAUAUUUGGAUGCAAACUUUUGUUAUGUAUAUAUGAGACUAAAACCAGCCUUUUUCUUGUCAUGUUUAGACAACACAUGUUGACUAGCAGCCCUUGUCAGCCACAUUGAUUUCAUCUAUUCAGUUUUUCCCCCUCAACUUAAGGGCCAUUAGCUGUGCCACUUAUCCUGUAGAGGGCUGUGAGGGGGCUGGAGCUGAUCCCUUAUGAGAGACAGGGUCACUGAUCUAUCACAGACCUGAAAUAUACGCUACGUUCAGACUUUAUGCUGAAGUGACUCAAAUCUGAUUUUUUAUUUUCCCACCAAAUGACUCAGAUCUGAUCUGUUCACAAAUAUAUGAACAAGCUUAAUUUGACUUUUUCAGAUCAGACCUGGGCCACUUUGCUCCUAGAUCUGAUCCAUAAAUGAUCCCUGACCAUACAAUGUCAGAUUGGAAUUCAUGUGGUUUUAACAAUUUCUCACGCACAUGCGCAUAUUGCCAGCUGUCAUCACUAAGUGUUGACCCCUCACACAAAAAUAAACAUCAAGGAUAGCAGCAACAAAGAUGGGGGUCAGUGAAGAGAUGAGGACAUUUCACAAUUAUUGGACAUUUAUGGAAAAGCUUCUGAUCAAGCCGAGGUGUAAGGAACAUGUUGUAACGAAGCAGUCUGGAAAGAAACUGUGUGAUUUGAUUGUCAUACAAAUGACUUUAUUGGUUUUUAUUCUUGCACUCAAGCAGCUCACAUUCAGUUGAAUCUACUCACGGUGACAGUAUAGGAGCUCAGCUGUGUUCAAAUCAGAGUUGGAUAUGUGUCAAUUAAGCCCCUUUUACACAGAGAUCACAGCACUGCCAGCAUUAUGACCCCACUUCAAGGCUUUUUAAAUGUAAGCCCUUUUACAUUGAACUUAAAAAUGCCAGCAAACUACUGCUCCUGUGUUUGUCUGUUUGAGGGCAAGGCAACACACACACACACACACACAAGGUGCAUCUCAACUCAGAACAAACAGAUGGGUGUCUUCCUUCCCACAGGGUUGAGCAGAGGUGUUGCUGUGUUUAUUCUUGCUUUAUGACAUAACCACAGUGAAAUAGUGACAAAAUAAAGUUUAAAUUCUCUGAUUCACUUUGUUCUCACUGACGCUCCUCAUACACUCUGUAGCUCUCUCUCUCUCUCACACACACACACACACACACACACACAAACAGACCUCCAGCCCCCUAUUCCGCUUUGUCCCAUUGAUAUAGGAGCUAGGCCAAACUCAUCUUGGCAAAAAUAUUACCUCUUGUUGGGGGAUAUUUGAGGGUCCACUUUGACAAAAAGAUCGAAAUUGCACAUUAAGGCUUGUAACAUGAACGUAGUGUUUGAGACAGACAACUAUUCAAACACCUAUGGGCAGUUUAAGUCGCCAGUUAACCUAACCUGCAUGUCUUUGGACUGAAGGAGGAAGCCAGAGUACCUGGAGAAAACCCAUGUCAUCGUGGGGAGAACAUUUAAACUCCACACAGAAAGGCCACUCUGGCCAGAAGGUGACAGUGGUAUCCACUCCACCACCAUGCUGCCUAAGUUGCUAUAAUAUUAAUGAUAACUGCAUUCCAUCUUUCAAAUAUGUUUAAACUUACACACACAUACCUUUAGGCUCUUUCUUUUGCAGUUUUUGCAUUCUACAACUACCAGCAGGAAACACUUGCACCCAAGCUAGUUCUACAGCACUCCAAUGAAGCCAGUCACUAGGAAUGUUUGGACUGAUUGCUUAAUGUUGACCUUAUGUAAUAUGUAUAAGCUCAUGGUGAUAGACACACAUCUCUUUAGCUGCUUAGUGCAUGUCCCCAUAUUAACUGAUCAGAUUACAACAACAAUCUACUGUACAACAUCAGUUCUUAUGGCUACAUUGAUUAGGCGGGCUAAUAAGUACUCAUAAUUAUACAAUAAAUAGUUUGUAAUUAGUAAAUAUAUAUCGUAGGAUGAGGUCUGCAGUUCUUUUUCUUUAUAGUAAAUGCAAUGCAUUUUUGUAACAAGAUUCUUUAUUGUUAUAACAAGAUGUUUCUCAGUUGCUCUCAGAAGUGUAGUUCAGUUCUCUUUUUAGGGAGAAAGUGGUGUCAGCAUGUCAUUAAGGCUGUUGAUUUAUUGACUUAAUAUGGUAAUAUCUUAUAUCACCUCAAGCCAAAGGUUCUGGUGGACAUAUCUGCUGUGUUUAUGUCUAUGAUACAUAGACAUUAAUUAUGACAUUUAAAAAAAAAAGGAAUUGCCAUGGAAACAGAACUUCAACCAUUUAAUUUUCUACUUCACAUGUUGAGAUAUUAAAAACUAUUAGGUCCAGGUGGAAAAAAGACUAAAUUCAGAAUUUGGAGAUAGAAGUCAGGAUUCAUUGAAUUCUGACUUAGAAUUUGAAGACCUGAAGAUUUCUGAUACUAAUGCUCUUCCAUACUGAGCAGUGUUGGCCAUCUACAUGUAAAUGUUUUUAUAUAAACUUCCAAUAUAGUCAGUGGUAUAAUUUAAUAUUACAUGAGAGAUUAUAUAUUUAAGUGGCCAGUCCCACUGUGUCUAUUUUUUUCUAUUUAGUUUUGCCUUGUUCUGUUUCUUUGUUCAUUGUUUAAAAUUUAAAGGGGGUAUAAUAAUCCAACGAUGUAUAUUAUAUUUGAACUGUGUAGUGAAGAUGUUCUCUUAUAUGAAAUACACAAUGGUAUAAUGUUUUAGAUUUAGAUGAGAAGAUCAGUUGUUAGGGUGAGCCAUCUCAUUUUCUAUCAAAUCAUACUCUGAAUUUUAUUAAAUCCUUACAAAUAAUGUACUCAGAAUGUAAUUGGACGAAUUCAUUUUUUGUCAACUGUACCAUUUUGCACAUUGUAAUUUUCACAUAAACCUGAGACAUAUCAGUGCUGUAGUUGUUUUUGUUUUGUUUUGUUUUACUUUUAUUUCUGAUUCUUUCUCUUUCCUGUCACCACUCCUUUGUUAUUUUUUAGAACUCUUGAAACUUUAAACUUUACUCUUUGAAAAUUAACUGUUUGAAUAUUACAGUAUUAAAUAAAUAUGAGAAAUAAAUCAUUUGUGAAAAGGUUAAUCUAUGAUGUAAAUAGAAGUUAAUGGAUUAAAUCUGUAGUGUAUUUGAAAAGCGCUACAAGGGCAACAGGAGCUCGGCUAUGGCUGCAUUGCAAGCCAGCCUAAUGGCCACUUCUUGUGCUACAUUAUGUUUACAACUAUUCCAAAUUAUUGGUGUCAUUACAUAUCUCAGUUUUAUAUUUAUAACGAGUUAAAUAAGAAAAACUCUCAGAUGCAUCAUAUUAUUAAAAAAAAGGCAGCAGUAAGAGCCUCAGAGUCAUUUGGCUGAGGUGGUUCAACUGUCAAAGACUGGAGGGCUUGUAGUCCUCAUUAUACUGAAUGUCUGCCUCUGCAACUACUUUAUACAAGCUCUGCUUCCAGUAGGUAUUGUGGUUCAAAACAAGGCUUCCUACCCAUUGUGUGUGCAUGUACUAUGGUUCUUCCACUAAUCAAUAUUCAUCAAUAAAGUUUUG